GUCAUUUACCUUAUUGUUUCUUAUCAGAAUCGUGAAGAGCUAAUAUAUCUCACUCCAAUAAAUUAGUUUUGUACUUUGUCCGAGUGUGCUCCGGUAUAACAUACAUUUUCGAAAAAUUUAUAAACUAUUCCUUGCUUUCGUAAUAUACUCCAGGAAUGCCAGACAUUAAAAUCACCCAGCACAUGCUUAAUAAUAUUGAGUACGAUUUUGAUUCCUCUGUGCAAAGUGAAAAAGAAUCGGUAAAGAUGGCUGACAUAGGUUGCAAAUGCACACCAACGGUUUUAAUAGUUGGUGAUAAAGCUGAUUUAAAUGCUGCUGCUUAUCAUUUAGCACAAUCACUGCAAUCGCCUUUAUCUGCUGAAGUUAUAGUUACUGUGCUUGUGGCUGAGUCGAUUCGAAAAUCGUUUUUGGAACGCUUACAACCGCAACUGAAAUCUAUUUCGGCUGAAGCUGCACAAAAAGUAGAACGAAAAAGAGUUUUGGAUUUGAUAAGCAAACACAGUUGGGAGACCAUUUCAGCAAAGGAGUUGGGCGCUAAUUCACCAGUAAUAGUAUGCGACGUCACCCAUGAGCAUUUGGGAACCGGUUACAAUGGCAUUGCCACGCUACACACUUUUCGCACUGUUCAGGAAGCGAUCAGUUUGUGUGGAAAAGAAACAUUAAAAGCAGUUAACGCAUCAAUUUGGACAAGUAAUCAUGCAAGUGCCUAUGAAAUAGCAUUAAAAAUUUCGUCCGAUAAUAUUUUUAUUGACUGUCAUCAAAUAUCUUUCGAACCAUUGACAAAAGCGUCUUCAACUUCUGGAAAUGCUAGUUGUGCAUUAGUGGAAAAUAAUUACCACUAUGAAACACUAAUACUAAAGAAUGGAAGAAAAAAUAUAAUAUUCCCAAUUGGAACCGCUAUUACCAAUUAAAGGAUAAGUGAGCCAUGUAAUGGAAGCUGUCGGGAGACUGUAGAUGUGGUAUUUGUUUUAAUACAAGAGUCCUUUUGUAAUUUUGUAACUAAAUUCUAACAUUCCACAAAGAUUAAUAAAUUUUUAAAAAUUGUUUUUGAACAAAUAACAAA